GGGAGGGCUGAAACCAUGGUGCGAGGUACGACGCUGCUGCUCAUCGGCGCCUCGUGCUGGCUCCUGGGGGUACUGCGCUGCGAGGAGGUGAUGGAGGAGCGAUCGGCCGCAGAGGACGCACUGAAGGCACAAGAGGAGGCGCAACUGAUCGAGGCUCUACAGGAAGUUCUGGAGAAGUUAAAAGGCAAACAGCUGCCCUCCUCAGAGAAGAAACUGGGCUGGGUCCCCUUGUGCGAUGCAGGAGAGCUGUGUGCAGUGCGUAAAGGCGCUCGCAUUGGUAAACUGUGCGGCUGUCCCAUUGGAACUCACUGUGACUUCAGUGUCCUCAAGUGUCUGUAG